UCCUGCCGCGAUGACAAGUAGUGAAGGGCGGGGCUUCCGGGCGGCCACUUCCUGCCGUUAGUCCCGCCCCAGUAUAUCGGGGAAGAUGUUUUGGUGCGGGCACAGAAUAGGGUGCCACUACCUACCCGCGGCUUCUCUGCUCGCCUUAGCGGUGGUGGUCAGCGCCCAGGAUGGUGGCAUCAGGACUCGUAUGCAGGAGACUGUAACAGUGAAUGUGACAACCUUACAUGGGACAGAGAAGGUAACCCAACAGGUCAGUUCUAGUAUUAGCUAUAUUAAGAAGUCGAAUACAAGAAGUCAAAUAUACCUUAAUGGAUUUCCUGUAAAUAAAGGAGUUACUCGAAUAACUUGCAGAAUGGACAUAAGAGAUUACAGGUCAUCUGGUGAGCAACAGAAUCCGAUACACAAUGCAUUGGUGAGCGUACGGUUACUUGUUCUGUACAAUCCUCUGAGUUACCAUAGAACAAGUAUUAUCGUUCAGCAAGAGGUGAUUGCUGUGGAUGGUAGCAAGGUUAAUGUAAGUGAUAUAGCGCAAGUGGAAUUGUUGGUAAAUGUAAAUUUGCAAAUACUUCGAUAUUCAAGUUCAACAAAGAGUCUUGAAGAUUCACAACUGUACACCAUCCCUUGGGACAACGAUGUCUUAGUUACCUUUCCAAGCAUCUCAGAUUCUGCAGGGGAUAGUAUUCCACAACAAACUACCAGAGAAUACAGUAUUGGACAGAACACAACGGUGGAUGAGGAGCCAUUUCCUGGCAAACUCCCGGAAACUCCAAUUAGAACGGUUAUUCCAGCCUCCUCUUAUAAGGUAAUGUGCGAGUUUGCGGAUGAACUGAGAGAAAAGUUGUGCCUUAUCUGGUCCUGGCUGUACCCUAUGUUGGUUGACAUUGUACAGGUUCUUAUUGUUGGAGUGAUAGGAGCUGCUGUUGUGCUUGAACUUCUCAAGAUAUUCUACCCACUGAAAGAACCAAAAUGGAUUCUGCAAACCAGUGAUUUCAAGGAUUCCCCGCUGUUUGUUCCUUUAAUACUAGGCAACAGUGACACAAAGGAGGCACCCCAAGGAACAGGAAAUAUCUCAUGAAUCUGGAUUGUGCACUUCUUGUCACAGCAAUGUUUACAUUUGGAUUUCCUGCAUCCAACUGUGAUUUUUAGGCUACCAGCUUAAUAGCCUCCUAAGUGAUUGUAGGAGCUCCUUACAGGAGAUCGGCAAACUGUACACAUUGGAGAACACAGGGGAACUGACUCACUACAAGGCCAUCACUUAUACAGCAUUUCUGACUUUCUGCAAGGGCACUCACUUGUUUGAAAUAAAUAAAACCUUAAUUUUACAGGAAGAUCCUUUUUAUGGAGGUUAUUGGGUUCACAACAAUUGUGUCCACUGGACUGGUUUCAGUCAUAGUUAACCAUAACUAUAUUUCUUCAAAGUAUUCUAUUUUGAGUAAGAUUUACAGAAAAGCAUCUCGUGUAUAAAAAGGUUUUAUUUAAAAAUUUGAAAUAAAACUAUCUAAAAUUUUAUUAUUUGAGUAUAUUUCUUGUGGGAUUUUAGGCUAUUUUAUUUAAAAAUAGGUUAAAAUUUCUUAAAUGCUUUAUGCCAUGGAUUUUUCUAAAACUUGAAAAUACUAUUGGUGUAAUGUCUAAAUAGCUUUAAUUUAAUCUGCAGUCUUUAGGAUGCAAAUUUUAGUUACACAGGUAUUUUGUGUUACAUAAUUUCUCAUGUUUAAAAUGCAUUGUCUUUACUGUCAAUAUCAGAAACCAAUUUAACUGAUUGGCUUGAAUAAGUGUAUCAGCAUAUUCUCCGACGUCAGGACAAUCCUAUUUAACAACCCUGUAAUGUAAAUUGUAAUAUAAAGUGGACUCUAAUAUAAAGUAGGGUGUCCCCAUUCCUCAGGUACCUGUCAUGAUGGGAUGUAUUCCAGUGUAAAUUUUUUGCCAUAAAAGUUCAAUUUGGUAAACCAUAAAAAUGUUUAUCUGAAAUCUUUUAAAAGCUAAAUAACCAAACUGAUUUAUUUUUCCUUUUUAAUGCACUUAAUAAUUUUAUGAUGUUACGCAGAAUCAUACAGUGAAUAUCAUUAAUAAAGCAUUUUGUAUAUACAAUGGUA